AUGGAGCGGUACUCGAAGCACAUUUUAAGCCAGUGGCUGGACAGGCAAGUUGACCGCAACUUUGUCACGCUGUCGCAAAAUUGCAGACCGGCACUUCAGAUGGGUCGGCGGAUGAUACUCUUGCAGCAGAAGCUGAGCUGCAUUGUCAUCCGUGUCGACGGAGCUGACCAGGCAUCUGGGCACAUUCUUUCGGCCUACAUUUGGCCGUGGCAGAUGCUGACUUCCAGGCAAGAGAUCUUGCCGCGGGUUCCGUUGGGUGCUACGAACUCAUACGAGAACGCGUGCGAUGCCAUGUCCUCGGUGGCAUUGUGGCUGCGCAGCGACGACGCUGAGCAGCUGCUGAAGGCGAAAACCUGA